GGUCGCGCGCACAGGCUGCAGAAUUCAUAUUACAAAUGAGGGCUUGGUUGAACCCCCCACUAUCCCUCCUCCUCCCUUCACUCCCCCUUUUUUUUCUCCCGCUCGCCCAGCAGUGAGAUUGACAAAGACCCCGAAACAGGCUCGGCUGGGCUCACCGCAGACUCCUGCAAAUACAUUUAUUUACCAUUUUACACGUUUCUGUGAGCUGUUGUCUUUUCGGCACAUCUAAUCGGAGCAGCGAACGCCGCAAACCCCAGAUUGAAGGUGUGGCGGCGGCGAAAGGAGUCGGAUACAGCCCCGGUGACUCGCUGUAGGUAGGACCACGGACUCCACCAGCUACAAGAAGAUAUUUCGCCAGAUAUCAUUUUGACUUGUACUGUUUAUAGACUCCGACAGACAUGACUAUGAAAUGGAAAAACAGUUAUAAUUAACCAUGGUGUAAAAUUGAUCUUGAACGCACCGGGGCGCAGAAGGCGUGAUAGGAGGGUUGGUCGCUACAGCGAUGUGCUGAGCCUGGAGGCGGUGUGUGGUCAUUAGAACCGCGGCGCAGUCGAAUCUUAUCCGGAGCUGACUUGGAAGAUUUUGCCUUUUCCGCCGAGACCUCUGCGGCCAAAAGCCGUAUCCACUUGACAAACAGAAUGGGAAAGUGCAAUGGAAGGUGUACGCUAGUUGUCAUCUGUUCCUUACAGCUGGCGGCUGCUCUGGAGAGGCAAGUCUUUGACUUCCUGGGAUAUCAAUGGGCACCUAUCCUGGCCAACUUCCUGCACAUUAUGGCUGUGAUACUGGGAAUCUUCGGCACUGUGCAGUUCCGCUCUCGCUACCUCAUCCUGUAUGCACUGUGGCUGGUUCUCUGGGUCGGCUGGAACUCAUUCAUCAUUUGCUUCUACCUGGAGGUGGGGCACCUGUCCCAGGACAGAGACUUCUUGAUGACCUUUAACACGUCUCUACACCGGUCCUGGUGGAUGGAGAACGGGCCGGGCUGCCUGGUCACUCCGGUGACAAACUCUAUCUUGGCUCCGGAUGACCACCAUGUCAUUACGGUGUCCGGUUGCCUGCUGGACUACCAGUACAUUGAGGUGGUCAGCUCGGCCUUGCAGGUCUUUCUGGCGCUCUUCGGGUUUGUGUACGCCUGUUACGUCAGCAAGGUGUUCCUGGAUGACGAGGACAGCUUUGAUUUCAUUGGUGGGUUCGACUCGUAUGGCUACCAGCCCCCCCAGAAGACAUCACACCUCCAGCUACAGCCCCUGUACACCGCAGGGUAGGUGACAUCAGCCCACGGAUGGGAGACAAGAGAACCAACAGGGAAGAUCAGGAGGCUUGCCUCUGAGGGGGAAAUGCUGCAGCAUCUUUGCAAAAUUGUCUUACGUAGAAUUCUUUUGUUUCUGUGUAGCCUCUGAUUGUAACUUGAGAAAACUGUCUCAAGGAGCCCCCUGCUGUAGGCCUGGGGGAACUGCACCCAGUGCUGUGAUUGAACGAAUCUCAGGGCCCAUCUGAGAGACACUGUGGGUUGGAUCACUCUGCUUUUCUAACUGUGAUUAUGUCUGUUCUUUUGGCUUUUUUUACUCUGUGGUGGAGGUUUACGUGUGGUUCCCAUGGGUCUAGUUCAGGGAAUGGGGUCCGGGCCCGGGUGCGGCGUGGCGGGGCCAGGCCGAUCUCAGCUCGCUCCUUCUCGUCUCGCUCGCUCUCUCUCUCUCUCUCUCUCUCUCUCUCUCUUUCUCUCUCUCUCUCUCUCUCUCUCCUUAUUUUUAAAGAAAUGAAAGGUUUUAAAUGACAUAUUUAUUUUCACGUGAAGGACUGAAGCCUUUGCAUUAUGGCAGCUCAUCUUCCCGCUUGGCUCUCCAGUGAUGCUCAGGAGACGGUGGAGCUCCAGGCACGGCUCGCUGAGGGAGCACCAGCUCAGCCAGCUCCGCAGGGGUAGGGCUGGAAUGGCACAGAUGCCGGUGCUGAUGGAGGGGACUGGGUUUUAGGGCAAGGUCUGGAAACUGGAGACUUUCAAAGGUCAAACAACUUAUCCACACUGGACUGUGGAAUAAACUGACCUAUGACAUCUGACCCUUGACCUCUGCCUGCAUGGAGUCUCCUGCGAGCAUGUAGUUGUUACCUCAGAGCUGACGCGUCCCCUGCAGGUUAACGAGGAGGCUGAACGGCUGAACGGCACUCUGUGGGGUCAGGCGACAUUCUACAGAGUCCACUCCAGCCUGAACACGCGCUCCACACCUCUCCGUGUAUGGAGCAGAGGCACUUGUGGCUAGUUAUUUAUUUUGUUUGAUUACUUGUUUGGUUUCCUGUGCAAAUUCCAGACUUUUAUUUUUUAUUAUCUUAGCAUUUGAUGUUAACAUAGAUCAGUGAUUAGUGUUUCUGGGAAAAGUGAUGUAGGUUUGUGUGCAUGUAAAUAUUUGAGAAAGGUUUUUUUUUAUUGAAGCCUGUCACCUUGGAUACCUCUGACUCUGAUGCUUGUCUCUGUGCUGUGUCUCUUUCAUCUCAGCAUUCUUCAUUUUUCCAUCAAAGGCACCUCUUUCUCUCACCUGCAUUCUCUCCCUACCUGUCCAGUAUGCUUUCUAUCCCUGGGUGCAGGCGGCAGAGAGCAUACGAAGAGCAGAACUCAUACUGAGAGCAGUUGUGUGGAGGGAAUAGAUGGGAUCGCUUAAAGACUUAGCACAAGAGCUUGCAGUCUGCAUUGCAUGCCACACUUUUCUAUCGCCUUUCUGUGACAGUUGUAAAACUGUGUGUGUGUGUGUGUGUGUGUGUGUGUGUGUGUGUGCGUGUGUGUGCGUGUGUGUGUGCGUGCGUGUGCGUGCGUGUGCGUGUGUGUGCGUGUGUGUGUGUGCUUGAGUGACGUGUGCCACUGAAGAGACCAUACAGGGAGAUAGGAAUGGGAGAUUUGAGCUAUUGUGGAAUAAAAAAAAAUUGUUUCCAGUUA